CAUGAAAUUUAAAAUAUUUUUUUAUGAAAAUAAUCAGCACAAAAAGCUCUACAAAGUAUGAUAAAUGAAGAACUUUUCUCAAUACUUCGUUUAUUUUGUAGUUGACUGUGCAUGUGAUAACAAUAUCACUUUGUCUUUUUUUGUGUCAUUUUUUUCGAAGGACUGAAGAUUGCUUUGCCUAUUUUAUUUUACAUUCCGAGAGUUUUCCGUAUGGAACAGGUAUAUACAGAUAGUGCUCGAUCUCCGCUACAAGAAUAUAUAAUCAAAUUAAAUCAACGUUGUUUAGUUCAAAUGGACGACUCAAAAUACAAAAGUGGGACGAGACUUAUGACGCCCACUGUAAUUAAAUCAAAUUAUUUAGAUUUUGAAAAUACAGAAAAAUAUCUUGAAGAAAAUCGAUGUGAUUAGUAUCGUCAAUAUAUUGAAAAUGAAAAAUUAACUAUUAAUAAAGAAGAACAAGAUGAUGAUGAUGAUAAUAAAAUAAAAAAUGUCAAUAUACUAUAUGGUCUUAUUGGAAUAAAUUUCAAAAAUCUAUAUUAAAUUUGGUUGCAGGAAAAUAUUUUCGUCGUAUUGUAUUAUCAACUAUUGUCAUAAAUACAUUAUCAAUGGAUAUUAAAUAUCAUGAACAAUCUCAAUCAUUAACAGAUGCAUUAGAAUAUAGGAAUUUAGUAUUUACAUCAUUAUUUGCUAUUAAAAUUAUUUUAAAAAUAAUUGUUGAUGGAUGUCUUCAAUAUAUUAAAAAUGCUUAUAAUUUAUUUGAUAGUCCUAUCGUUAUUAUGAGUCUUGUUAAAUUACAAGGAACUAAAAAUAGUGGUUUAUCAGUUUUUACGUACAUUUAG